AAUCUGUGUUUGGUAUUAUAGGGUUAUCUUCACCACAUUCAGAAAUCAGGUGACAUGAAAGUCUGUGAACGAAAUCUUAAAGAACUGUUUGGAAACAUUGAAGAUAUAUACAGGUUUAACAGUACGUUUCUAGAAGAGUUAGAAGAAUGUGGGCUGGACCCCGUUGCUGUUGCUCGCUGCUUUGUAAAGAACAGCACAGGCUUUGUUAUCUACACUCAUUAUUGUACAAACUAUCCACGAAGUGUAUCAGUUAUCAAAGAACUAAUGAACACUUUAGAAACUGCAGAAGUCUUCAAGGAAAGACAAUUAGCUUUACAUCACUGUCUACCUCUGGGUUCGUACUUGCUGAAGCCAGUUCAGAGGAUACUGAAAUACCAUUUACUCUUAAAUAACAUUGUGAAACAUUCUGACAAGGAGAGUGAUGGUUAUCCUGACAUCAAGAAUGCUCUGUCAGUGAUGACAGGAAUAGCCUAUCACAUUAAUGACAUGAAAAAGAAACAUGAGCAUGCUGUCAGGGUUCAAGAGAUUCAGUCACUGUUGUACAGCUGGGAGGGACAAGACCUUACAACAUAUGGAGAGUUGAUGGCUGAGGGUACUUUCCGUAUGUUUGGAGCCAAAGCUUUACGUCACCUCUUUCUUUUUAAUAAAAUGUUGCUCAUAGCUAAGAAAAAAGAAGAAGGAAUCCUUCUUUACAAAACACACAUCAUGUGCUCAAACUUAAUGUUAAUAGAAAGCAUCCAGGGGGAGCCACUAUGUUUUCAUGUAAUACCUUUUGACAAUCCUCGUCUCCAGUACACCUUCCAGGCUAGAAACCUGGAACAGAAAAGGGAAUGGUGUCUGGAAUUGAAAAGAGUUAUAUUAGAAAACUACAAUGCCGUAAUCCCCUCCCAUGCUCGGCAACUAGUCAUGGAACUGGGUCAGAACAAACAGGAAAGCCCCGUACCUAUGGAUAAAAGCAGUACCAAGAAACAGCUCUCUGCCCCUGAGUACCUUGAAAAAAGAAAGCAGGAAAGGAGAAAGUCAGAAAUAAAUUUGAAUCGAGCUUUCAAACUUAAGAAAGGUAUCAAGAAGAAUGAUACCAUUACUGGCUCCAAAAAUUCAACACCAGAAACCCGGAGAGGAAGAAGGUUACGAAGUGCUAGCCAAGAUAUAGCUUCUUUCUACAAGAGUAAAGAUAUUAAAAAUUGUUACGACAGUAAUCAAAGCAAUCUAGAUUCUCCAACAACUUCAAGUGGCAGAAAAGAAAAGGGUGGCAUUAAACACCACUUUCAGAAUGCCAAAAGCCCUAGAGUUGAAGAGUCUACACGUCCGGCAUCUAGCAAGGAGUCACUGUCUCAAGUUUCUGCAAGAGGAAGUACACAACGAGCUAGGCCUCCAUGGAGAACUUGGAAUAGCUUGCCUGAAGAGACCACUGACACUGAGGUGGAAGACAAUUAUGAGACACUAGACUUUAGCCGACUUCUGCAAGUGAGACCACCGCCUCGUACUGCUAGAACACAGGAAGAGAUGCUAGAAGACUUGGCAGGAGAAUAUGUUACUUUUGUAUUUGCCCAUGCAUAUGCUUGCAGAGACUUGGGUUCACUAACUGUACCCGAAGAACCUAGAGCCACUAUCACAGUCCCACCAAUAAAGAGCGACAGCAAUUUGGUUUCUUCCAUUCAGUCUCCAGUCAAUGCACCAGAUGAAGUUAGAGAAACAUUAACAACAGUAGAUGUUAAGUAUCAGAAAGACAAUCUCUCUGAAUCUGAAAAUCUAAACAACAAUCCUCAAUGUCAGAUUAACAGUGUUUUACAGAACAGAAAAUCAGCCAACUGUGACAGUCUCCUAACUUUUUGGGAUAAGUUAAGCAGAGUACAAGGUAAAAAUCCCAGCUGUAAUAUAGACACAAGCAGUACUUCAAGUGAGUCUUCUUGGAAAAACAACACUGCAAUUCGAAGAGUACAGUCAUUCACAGGAAUAGCAAAGGCCAAAGUUGUGUCAUUACAGCACUCUUUCUCAUUCCGGCAGCCAUCUAAGACAGUUCACAAUGGUUUUUCCCAUAGUGCAGAACAUUGCAAGCUUGAUGAGCAGCUUGAAUUGUCCACCAUUCCUCCAGCAUCUUCCAGAGAUGACUUAAGUCCCACAGCACCAGCUGUCUGGCUUACACAACAACGGAAGCACUUGGCUGAUGUUUAUAGUAAGUUUGGAUCUCUUCCCCGUAGUUUUCAGCUGGCCCAAGAGUACAAUUCUGUUUCCCCUACAUCCAAAGAAACUGAACCUGCUGAAGGACAGAGAGCUCGCAGAAGGGUUACAGAAGGUAACAGAACUCAGUAUGCAGACCAUCGCCCAUUUACAAUAGCUUCUGACAAACCUUGUCAAGUAGACUUAAGGGAGGACCUAGAUGGAUACAUGGAAGAUUCCUCUCACAUUGAAAACUUCUCAAACCUUACUUCAGGUGAUGAAUUGACCGUAAAAGAUACAACAGUAACCAGUGCUACUACACCAGCUGUCAGCAUUGAAAAUGUUUCUAUUCAUCCUACACAUAAAUUAUAUGGACAACCAGGAACAAGAUAUGCUAUUCUUCGAAAUGUGCUCACAAAUGUAAGUUCAAAGAUAGCAGCACUCAAAUUAGCCUUAGGAUCUCCUUCUCAUGAGCAAUCGGAUACAAGUUCUAUAGUCUCAGAGGGCAGUGAUCCCCAACACCGCUUCAAACGUGGGUUUUUACACAGACGGUCUGCAAGUCGGAGUAGUGUAAAAAGUGACAAGGAUAUAAGUUCUCGAGCCAUUUCAGCCAAUUUUCUUCAUUCUCUUGCCAAAGCUUACUCAGCAUUAAAAAAACAUAGAUUAAAAAGAGAGCUAGUGCCUAAGAGUUUUGAGGAUAUUAAGUGGCCUGCAGAAAAGAAAAUGCCAACACCAAUAGCAGUUGGAAGUUCUGCUGUUGGGGCUCGUAUUGCAAGACUUCAUGAAUCAGAGUAUUCUGUUCCAAAUACUCUUAUGAUUUGUCGCCAGCUACGAGCAGCAAAAGAAGCAGAACUGAGACCAGAUAGUUUGUUUUCUGAUUCGUCAAACACAACUUCAUCCAGUGAUGGAGGUGUGGGGGGUAGUGUUGUCACAGGUGUUAGUUGUAGUGAAAAUUCACAACCUAUUACAAGGGACAUGGAGAAUGAUGACGAUGAUUCUCCUUCUGAUUCUAGUGAUGAUUCUGUUGACAGUUUUUAUGAGAGAACUUUUGAAGCUAUAGAAAAUUCAUUAGCAGAUGAAAUGUUUCGAGAUUCAGCUAUUUAUAGUGACCCUGAAGAAGCUGACCUCGGCGCUUUAGAGUCUUGCUCACCAAUCAAGAAUGAAACUAAGCAAACUACCUUAGAUAAAAGAAAACCUUUGAAUUGUAAGGUGGCAUAUUUUAACAGUGAUUUGAACCUGUCAACACAAAAUUUGGACUUUCAUAUUUCACGUCCUGUCAAAGGUGCUAUUGUACAGAGGUUAAAAAUUUUGGAGGAGAACUUGAAAUUUCGAACAGAGGGUUAUACUGGACAUUCAGCUGACAGCAUGAGCAAUCACAGAGAGCCAUCACUGAACUGUAACCAUAGAGACGUGCACGAAGAAAGCGAAACAAGUUCAGAACACUCAACCUCGACUGUAAAUACUGUAAUGGAAACAUGCCACACGUCAUCUGUUGAAGACUUUCCACAGCCAAGACAAGUCAAGGGAUGGGUGAAACACAUUGUUGACAAACUGCAAGCUGAGAGCAAUGUUUAAUAUGAACUCUACUUUCAGAGAUAUAUAUAUAACAGUAAAGGAAACAUCAUUUUUUUACAUUUAUCAAAACUACCUUUGUGGUAUGCCUUCUAUUUAAUGAAGUGCCAAAUCAGAAGAGAGGUGCCUGGUAAUUAUUUUUAUAUAAACUUCUUAGUGAGAGGACUAGUUUUGUCCAAAGUAAAUACUAGUUUCAUUUAACUGCAACAAAGUUUGUGACAACUGUUCUGUAUACCAGUUUAGGUAAGCAAUAAAAAAAAAACCUCUUCAAAUCUUCUAUCUAAGCCAAAGUCUUUAAAGCUUACAUGACCAUGACCACAAACAGCUUAAAACCUAGGACUGAUUUUGAUUUACCCAACUUGCUGUGGUUUCAGCCUAGCAUAGUGCUGCUGCUAUGUGGGAACAGACCUUGUUUCUAGUCAAGUUAGGCUUUGAAAUAUCAAGCUUAGAAUGUAUAUUUUCUUCUUUUUUGUUUAGAGUAGCAGUUAUCCUUUUGCUUUCCAAAGAUAGUUUCUGUUAGUUUUGGGUAUGAAGUUAAACUUGGUUCACCAAGACUACAUUCUAGUACAACAAAUCAGUGGUCAUCUGAAUAAUAAGUUUUUUAUAAAUGGUGUCUCCAACAAAGUUUGUGACUGAUCAAUAACAGUAUCAAACAAAUAUCCUAAGACCGUAAAGAUUUUUUAGACAGUUUUUCAAUUGAUGUCAGAACAGAAGAUUGAAUAAGGUCACAGUUCUUUUUUACUGGUAAUAGUAAAGUAACUUAAAUCACAAAUGUGCAUUUAUAUCUAUAUUUCUUAAAAAGAAAGUAAUGUUAAAGGACCAACCUUUAUACCAAUUUUAUUGAAAACAUUUUGUGUAGCUCUUAUAUAACGUUUUUGUAUUAAUUAUUUGUGCUAUAUUGGUAAAAAUGCCCAAUAUUCAAUUAAAGCAGUAUCAUCUUGAAAUGAAAACAAAUUGUACAUUAGUCCUUGAAAGGAAUGUGUAGUAUUAGUAGAGAACAACAAAACUUCUUCAAAAUGUUCUCUAGUAGUUUGUGUACUUAGUUAAUGGCAGAUGUAGUUACCAGACAUAUUACCAGAGGGAGAUAGUGUAUGACAUAGUGUAAUGUAUUUUUAGUUAUAUCUGUUAUGCUACUAUUUAAGCCUCGGUUCAACUGUUGUAUAGAAAAUCUUUGUUGUAGCUUUAUUAAUUUCUAAGUUGUUUGAUAUCUUAAGAUUAAACAUAUUUAUUUUGAUUAAUUAAUGCACAGGGUUAGUAGUUUCUUAAUACCCCCACCAUAGUUAAAGUGAUAGGUACAAGGCUGACAAAGGUAUUGUUCAUUUGAGGAAUCAUGGGAAAUAUUUGGAGUUGCUCUCUUACAGUUUCAUGCAAUCUUUUUAGAGUAACUGACUGUUACAUAGUUAAGUGUCAGAUGCUGGAGGAUGGGUAACAUUGAAAAGUUUAUAACUGUCCAGUCAGUUCAAUAGACUUGUUCCCAUGGCUUUGAGUCUUUUAUUUAGAACCAUUUAAAUGAAUGUUUAAAAAUAUUUAUCUGAUCAUAAAAUGUGACAAUAUUAGAAAUUUGCUUUUUUGCAUAGUUAAUAUUUUCAUUUUAUGCAGUCCUGUUUUAAUAUUAUAAUAAAAUAUUACUUACUUUCUAUUAAUCAUUUCUCCAAUAUUAUUUCUACAUUGUUAUUGCUUACAUAUUCAAAUACCCAGUUUAUUGGUCAAUGUGAUCUGAACUUUAUUCAAUACAAAUAUACUAGUUUUUUAUUUUAAGUGACUAACGUAAUUUCAAAUCUUACUUGAUAAAUGAAAGAAUACAGAUAUGUCUGUUGUUGUUUUCCAAUAAACCAUACAAUUAAGCUACUUGUUAAAUUAAUUAUUGAAAGACAACAAGGACCACAGAUAUAUUUAUUUUAGACUGUUUUAUUUUCAUUUUUCUCAGAUGUUCAUCAGCUCAUUGGUUUGGUGAACAGAAAAUCUUAUUGGAUUACCUAAACUUUUAUGACAUUCAGUUUUAUGUUAAAAAGGAGUAAACUUGAAGAUGUGUCAUUCCUUUGUUUAUAAAUAUAAGCCUAAUAUUUUAUUUCAUCAGUAACACCUGUAAGAUUUCAAAUCUUAGUCUGAGCAUGCACUGAGUAAACAAACUGCGAGAAAUGUUACUGGAUUUUAGUAUUAUUGACAUCAUUAGCUCACCUGGUAUUCCAAGGUUUAGAAAUGUUAUUGAAAAGCCUUCACUCUCAAAGUUCCUAAAAUCAGCAAGUUUGAAUAUAGUUAUUAUUGGCAAGUAGAAUUAGCUGUACUCUUUAGAAACUUUAGUAGGCUCCACCUGCUAGCUGUGAGAUGCCAAUUAUGAAUUCUCUGAUGUGGGAUAAGGUUAAUACAUAGCAGCUAACAUUUGAUAUUGUACUUGACCUUGAUGUUUAAUAUAAAGGUCAUGGUAACUAAACAGAGGUCAACCUCUUUUUUUUUUAGUGUUUUAUCGCAUAUAUUUUGAUAUAGAUAUGAUUCAAAGACCAAAGAGGAGAAAAAAAGUCAAGAUCUAAGUUGAAUUGUGCUUUUUUUUUCAAAUAAAACUUGCAUACAAUAACAUGGUAUUAAUAUCACCCAAAGUAUAACAUCCCAGACAAAUCUUAAUAAUUAAAGGCAAAAGGUAAUUGGUUAAAAUAAGGUAGUACUAAUAAAGUAAUUGCUAGAAAAAGAAAUAGACAUCAAAAUUAAGAAAUCGAAAAGUAGCUUUUGGUGCAAGAUACUUUUGUAACAGAUAAAACGAAAAACACUUGUAUCCUUCUUAAAUUUGUCCUGUACCUAAAGAUGGCUCUUUCUUUUUUAGUUUUACUUCUGUUCUAUUAAAAUAUCGACCGACAGUUACAUAUUACUUUCUUUAGUAAUAUUACUUGUACUUUGAACUGUGUCAUUAAGUUUUUAACAUAUAAAUUAUGCAUAGAUAUUUCCUAUCUAAUUCUAACAUUGCUUUAAGUUUUAAUCUGUUUACAUAAUUACCCUUUUCUUUUCUUUUUUCUUAUAAAGAGUUAAAAGUGUUGCUUUCAAGUUAAUGUUUAUCUGUUUUCAUACAAAACGUAUAACAUUAAAGCAUUUGACACUGUUGGAUAAGAACUUUAUAACAUGAAUACUUUUGCUUUUUGGAAUAACUAAAAAGGUUUGCAUGACUUUAGUAAAAGAACCAGAACCUCUUUUUUUUUUCAUGUUUUAAGUCAAGGUGUAAAAAGGACCAAAAACUAACUAGUUUGGUUAAAGUAUGUUUAAAUUUAUUCUCAGUUUUCAUUAUCUCCAAGAAAUAGUUAUUUUUUGUUAACCUUGCUAUUUUGAUGCUUGCUAAUUUGUUUAUGGCAAUUCAGCAAAGUAUAUGAUUACAAAAACUAAUAAGUUCUUAAGGGGGGGGGGGUGACUGAGUUCUUAAAAGUAUUUUAUCUGUCGUAUUAUUAUUAGGUUGUAACAAAAUAUAAUAGCAGGAAAAGAGCUGUGGAAACUAUGUACAAACAUAUAUGGUAUUAAGAUGGUAGAACACAGAAAUACAGGAUAUUUAUUUAACAUCAUUCUGAGAAAAACUCAUUUUAUAUAUGUAUAUCUACUAAAACGUGGGUCAUUAAUUUUUGUCGAGUUACUACUAAGACUUGGUUGACUAAUACAGAAUAAGAAUUUGUGUUUUUGCAACAAGAACCCUUGUUAAACAGUUGAUAGCUAAGAUUUCAUACAUAACUGUUUGUUGAAAGGUGUUUACCAAUGACAUUUAUCCCAGUUUUAAUAUACAAGGUUGUCAGUGACCAAUUUUUAUAAAAAGUUCUUGAUGUUUCCGCCCAUUCAGUGGACCUUAGUCCACUGUUGGAAAGUGAAUGUUCCUAAUUGCAGGAAGUGACCUUAAUUCUUUCUAUGUGAUAUACUUGAAAUUACUAAAAAUAUAGAUUUUUUUUAUUGUGUUUAGUGAUGGUUUUUCACCAGGAAACUUCAAGAUAAAUAUUAACUCUAUAGCUUAUCACUUAUGAUGGCACUACGGUACAUAAAUGCAGCUUUAUCAACAUUAAUUAUAGUGUCUUAAAACUGAAACUGUAAGUAAUUAUUAACUUGAUUAUUAUAGGUUACAGCUGGGUUCCUUUAAUACGAGUUAUUCACUAAGGAUUAAAACACUUAAAAGUUCCCAUAUUCAACAUGUAGUGAUGUUGUCGAUAUCUACAAGCAAUGUAUAAAGAAAUACAAUAACAUCUUUAAGAUUGAGAUUAUUACUUUUAGUUAAUGAUUUCAUACAAAUAAAUGAAUGGGGACAAAAUAUGUGAAAUAAAUCUUAAUCAGUGUACCAGUAUAUGUAUUGUCAGUAUUACACUUCCUUGAAAGUUACCUAACCAGUGUAUGUGACAUUUAGAGCAUGUGCUAUAUGCAUUUUGUUCAAACCAGCAAAUUAACUGGGUUACUGACGAUACUCAUUGUGUGUGAACCUAGAGCUAGCUGUUUGGCAAAUUUUCUAUGAUCAGUAAGCAUGUCUUUCUGUAUAACUGAAUAUAUGCAGACUAAAAGGCUUUAGAAUGGGGCAUAUAUAUAUAUAUAUUGUAUAUAACCUUUGUGUGACAUAGUCAGUGUAGCUUUGUAUCUAGCUUGUAUUACAUGUCUGAACCAGUUAUGUUUUGUAACAAAGAAAUCAGACUUUCUCUGUCAUGGUUUUAUAUGUAAGACUUAAAUAAACAAUGCAGUUUGAACAAGAAAUU